GGGAAAAAUCAACUUCCGUCCUCCAUGUCGCAGUGAGACAGCGAGUUUAGUGAGGUUUUCGGAGGUGCAGUUUCAGUUCGGCUCAGCUCAGCCCGGCCCAGACAUGCUCUCCACACACUCCCUAGGAGAAAACGGGAAGAUGAAGGAGUAUCACUACGCCGGACCCGUAGAGCACAAAUUCUCUCCUUACGCCUUUAACGGAGGGACGGUGCUGGCGGUAGCUGGUGAAGACUUUGCUCUUGUGGCCUCAGACACACGUUUAAGUGAGGGUUACUUGAUCCAUAGCCGGGACUCCGCAAAAUGUUAUAAACUAACAGACACUACAGUGAUUGGCUGCAGUGGAUUCCAUGGAGACUGUUUAACGCUGACCAAAAUUAUUGAUGCAAGGCUUAAGAUGUACAAGCACGCAAAUAACAAGACCAUGACAAGUGGAGCCAUUGCAGCCAUGCUGUCAACAAUUCUGUACGGAAGGCGCUUCUUCCCGUACUAUGUUUACAACAUAAUUGGUGGGCUUGAUGAGGAAGGUCGAGGUGCCGUGUACAGUUUUGAUCCAGUUGGAUCCUACCAGAGGGACACUUACAAAGCAGGCGGAUCAGCGAGUGCGAUGCUGCAGCCACUGCUCGACAAUCAGAUCGGAUUCAAGAACAUGGAGAACGUUGAGCACGUGCCCCUGACCCUGGAGAAGGCCGUGCAGCUGGUGAAGGACGUGUUCAUUUCUGCUGCGGAGAGAGAUGUGUACACCGGAGACGCCCUCAAAAUUUGCAUCGUCACCAAGGAGGGCAUCCGGGAAGAGGUGAUCCCGCUCAGGAAAGACUGAGGAGCCUUUUCAGUCAUGCCAAAAUCCCUCUUCUGUUUUCCUUCACUCUGGAUUUUUUGCUCUGCUGUUCUUUUUAUAUUCUAUCUCAAGAAUAAAAAUAAUUAAUAGAU